UAAUACGUACGUCUUCGUGGACUCUGAUUAUUUAUUUUGUUUUCAUGCGUUUUGUAAAAUUAAAUAUAAAUUCAAUUAGUAGCGACGUUCGCAUUCACGUAGAUAGCUGCAAGUACUGUUCUAGAUUGAUCCUCCACUAGUUCCAUAGCAUAGUGCUAUUAGUUUUAAUCAACUAUUGUUUUGUCAUAUUCUUUGUUAUUUGAGUUGAGAUAUCCGAUUAUUGUGAUUCAUCUUCGCAUCACAAUGCCUAUUUUAUUUAGUGUGGUGGCCCGAGGCACAGUGGUUUUGGCCAAAUUUGCCUCGUGUGCAGGGAAUUUCACGGAAGUCACGGAACAAAUACUGUCGAAAAUUCCGCCUCACGAUGACAAAUUAACGUACUCUCAUGGGAAUUAUUUAUUUCAUUACAUUGCUGAAAACAAACUGGUGUACUUCUGCAUCACUGAUGAUAAAUUCCAACGUUCGAGAGCAUUCCUUUUCCUCAAUGAGAUCAAACGAAGGUUUACUGCAGCUUUUGCUGAGACAGCCCAGACUGCUAUCCCUUAUGCUAUGAAUGGCGAGUUCGCCAGAGUCCUGGCCGCUGAAAUGAAACACUACACAGAGUCUGGGGACCUCAACACUAUAUCUACAAUAUAUGGAGAACUGGAUGAACUGAAAAACAUCAUGGUUAAAAAUAUAGACAAUAUGGCGACUCGGGGCGAAAAGUUAGAGCUGCUUAUCAACAAAGCUGAUAACUUGGCCACAAAUUCUGUAUCCUUCAACGGCACCGCGCGGACGUUACAGCGCAACCUCUUCUGGAAGAACAUCAAAAUGUACGUGAUCAUGGCGCUCGUGGCCGCGCUGGCCGUCUACUUCAUCGGCGCCAUGGCGUGCGGCGGCCUGGCGUGGAAAACAUGCGUCGGUUAGACUUUACUAUAUGAGAAUAAUAAAAUAAGGCGUAUAGAAGCAACGAUCCUGGCGUCAUAUAACACUGCACUAUUGUGGGACCAAAAUCAAUGUGCUUGCAGAGUCGUAAAUGAUUAAGC